GUUAUUUUUACGACAGUUCUAACUGCUGAACGACAGGCCGUGUUCUGAUGCAACGUGGAGUUGUUUAUUAUUUUGAUCUACCUUCUAAAGUGGAUUUAGAGCAAUAACGUGCUUUUAUCGGGACCGAUUUCGGGUGCUUACCUUAUAGAAAGAAAUGGGGAAGCCAAAGAGAAAGAGUGACGUCAGUCGAGCUGAGUUGAUGAUGAUGACGAUUGCUGACGUCAUCAAACAGUUGGUUGAAGCUCAUGACGAAGGAAAAGACAUCAACCUCAACAAAGUGAAAACCAAGACCUCUGCUAAAUACGGCCUUGAAGCUCAGCCUCGCUUGGUGGACAUCAUUGCCGCUGUCCCUCCACAGUACCGCCACGCUCUUGUGCCCAAACUGAAGGCCAAACCCAUCCGCACUGCUAGCGGGAUCGCAGUGGUGGCAGUCAUGUGCAAGCCACACCGAUGUCCACACAUCAGCUUCACUGGAAACAUUUGUGUUUACUGUCCUGGUGGGCCCGACUCAGACUUUGAAUAUUCCACACAGUCUUACACUGGUUAUGAGCCAACAUCGAUGCGAGCAAUCCGAGCACGAUACGAUCCAUACCUGCAGACCAGACAUCGUGUGGAGCAGCUGAAGCAGCUGGGUCACAGUGUGGACAAGGUGGAGUUCAUCGUGAUGGGCGGAACAUUCAUGGCGCUGUCUGAGGAGUACAGAGACUACUUCAUCAGGAACCUUCAUGACGCCCUGUCUGGACACGCUUCCAACAACCUAGCAGAGGCUGUCAGGUACUCUGAGCGCAGCAACACCAAGUGUGUGGGCAUCACCAUUGAGACGCGACCUGACUACUGCCUGAAGAGACACCUGAGCGACAUGCUGGCCUACGGCUGCACCAGGCUGGAGAUCGGCGUGCAGAGUGUGUAUGAAGACGUGGCCAGAGACACUAACAGAGGCCACACGGUGCGAGCAGUCUGCGAGUCCUUCCACCUGGCAAAGGACGCCGGCUUCAAAGUGGUGGCCCACAUGAUGCCCGACCUGCCCAACGUGGGCAUCGAGAGAGACGUGGAGCAGUUUAUUGAGUUUUUUGAAAAUCCAGCAUUCAGGCCCGAUGGUUUGAAGUUAUACCCAACUCUCGUGAUCCGAGGCACGGGUCUGUAUGAGCUAUGGAAGACGGGCCGCUACAAGAGCUACACACCCAGCACUCUGGUCCACCUCGUGGCCCGAAUCCUGGCGCUGGUGCCGCCCUGGACUCGCGUUUAUCGCGUGCAGAGGGACAUCCCCAUGCCGUUAGUGAGUUCGGGAGUGGAGCACGGAAACCUGCGAGAACUGGCUCUAGCCAGGAUGAAGGACAUGGGCACCGAGUGUCGAGAUGUGAGAACCAGAGAAGUUGGCAUUCAGGAAAUCCACCACAAAGUUCGACCCUACCAGGUGGAGCUGGUGAGGCGGGACUAUGUGGCCAACGGUUCCUGGGAAACCUUCCUCUCCUACGAGGAUCCACAACUGGACAUCUUGAUCGGUCUGCUGCGUCUGCGCCGCUGCUCCCCGCAAUCCUUUAGAGCCGAGCUGAAAGGGGGUGUGUCCAUCGUGCGCGAGCUGCACGUCUACGGCAGCGUGGUCCCCGUGAGCAGCCGGGACCCCAGCAAGUUCCAACAUCAAGGUUUUGGAAUGAUGUUGAUGGAAGAAGCAGAGAGGAUUUCCAGAGAAGAACACGGCUCUUCCAAACUGGCCGUCAUUUCAGGCGUAGGAACCAGGAACUACUACAGGAAGAUGGGCUACCACUUGGAAGGACCAUACAUGGUCAAGCCUCUAGACUGACCUGGACUACAAGCGUUGACACUUUGAGUCUAUGCUCGACCAUCAAGUGUGGAGUAGAACAGGGAAACUACAGCCUGCAGAACAAGUCUUCAUUUUGGCCCUCCAGACAUCACCAGUGUGAUAAGGAAUCUGGCCCUCCUCCAACUUCAUUUAAAUUAUUUGACAGUAUAGUUACUACGAUUUUUCCGUCAUUUCAUGGAUAUCGUGAGCAGGUCAGGUGAAUGACCAUGAAUUGUACUUUCAGUUGUAUGCAGCACAACAUUGGCAUAUAUGACCCAAUCCAAACAACCUUUCCCAAUCAGGGCGCAAAUAAACCAACACAAAAAGUCAACACACAUACCACAACCUGCUCACUGAACUUUAAGGAUGUUAUAAUAAAAAAAAUGUCCAAGCACAACACAUAUUUUAAAGCAAAUCAUAAUUCAUAAUACAAAUAAUUGACCCCUGGUGAAUCUUCUAGGUACCGAAAGGGUUUCAGCGAUAAACGUCUUCAAAUAGUUGUAGAAUGGAAAAUAUGUGUAUAUGCUGAAUUGUGUUUCAUCCUAUCCGAUAAACUGGAGCUGCCCAAACUACGGCCUCGCCAACGUUUUCAAUUUGGCCCCCCGAGACGUCAUAAGGAAUCUGGCCGCAGGGAGAUUUCAUUUAUAAAAGAUCAUUUGUACGCUACCUUUGUUGUGUCGCCAUCUUGUGGACAACAUGAGUAAUUCAGGUCUAUGAUCACUUAUGCUUUGCAGCAUUUACUUAUUAAAGUUAAAGUACCAAUGAUAGUCACACACACACACACACUAGGUGUGGCGAAAUUAUUCUCUGCAUUUGACCCAUCACCCUGGAUCACCCCCUGGGAGGUGAGGGGAGCAGUGAGCAGCAGCGGUGGCUGCGCCCGGGAAUCAUUUUUGGUGAUUUAACCCCCAAUUCCAACCCUUGAUGCUGAGUGCCAAGCAGGGAGGUAAUGGGUCCCAUUUUUAUAGAUAUGACCAAAUUCAAACAACCUUCCCUAGUCAUGGUAGGAAAAAAAAUGCCAACAGACAUGGUCACACACAACACAAUUUGUGGGUAGUUUAAAAAACGUCAACGCACCAUAGAAAUAUUCUGAAUGACACCCAUUUAAAUCCACUACGAUGCAUGAUGGGGAAAAUGCUAGAGUCUCUCCACACUUAUCAAUGUUUGGUGCAUUUUGGCUGGUUGAUAUUUCUGAUUGAUUACAAAACUUUAAGGUUGUCACGCAAGUAAACAAGGUAGGAGUCCAACUGUCACACACUUAAUAUCCAAUUGUAUGAAUGAAUUAUAUAUCAAUAAUAUGUAUAUAUAAAUAUAUGUACGCACAUUUUGUACAUAUUUUAGGACGGCUUUCGGCCCUCGGCUACAUAGUUUAUAGACUAGUGCGGAUUAUUUCAUCCAAUUUCGUUUGUUUGUCAUGCACCUUGAUGAUACACAACAGUGUUUUUUAUG